GAAUCUAAUCGCUCUCUGCUCCUUCUCCCACAUAUAAAAUGAAGUCCACUUUCUUAGAUCCCUCAUUACAGCCUCCCAUGAAUCAACACCAACUCUAUCAUCACGGCACUGUAUUGAACAAACACCACCACACAGACUGACAGACCGAGAAAGGAAGCGGUGUGUUGCUCAGAUCUCAAUUAGUUCCUUCACGUUUCACUCUUGUUAAGCACUUUAUAGCUUCCUUCCCAUUACAACUUUUGGCAGAUUGCUCAGGAGUCAAAACAUGAGUCUGCAGUGUCUUGUGUGUCACUGUGUAGAAAGUCCUUCGCACUCUUUUAGGAGUUUUUCAACUUCUGACAAUGAUGGAAGAUGUUCCGCUAUUGCCAAUUGCUUAACCCGGAAAUUAUCGCUAACCCCCACUGCGGCAACCUCUUGUUACACAUCAUCAUCCAAAGUGACCCCACAACCAACAAUUCCAGGCAACAAUGUGGGUGCCCCUCGACUAGUUCGAAGCCGGGCUGUGAGAAGGGAUCUUGUGAGAGACUGGAACUUUGAUGAGGUGGUGCUGGAGCGUUGAUUUUGUGAGUCUGGGACUCUAGGAUAGGAAGAGUACAGCGCUCUUCUCGUGGGAUAGGUUUAGAGCAAUGCCUUGCUCUGUGUACUAGUUGUAUUUUGCCAUGGGUGCAUUUGAACUCGCUUUUUCUUUGGAAGAGUUUGAGCAUUUGUAACCAUUUUGAAAAAUUGAAUUUGUUCUUAACACUUUGUCCAUAUUUCUAAUCUCGUGGUAUUCUUUUGAUGAUAGAUGUUACUUGGCGAA